UUGUGCGUUUUUAAAUACUCAAUAAUAUAAAAAACAUUUUUUUUUAAUUUGGCUUCUUUUUAUUGUAAAAAUAUGUAAAUCCGACGAUUCUUAUUUAUGUUGAUAUCGAUAAGUCACGAUACUUAGACACGUUUACAGCCCUUAGUGUUUUAACAUUUGUGUGUCAUUGUUGGUACGACUGUUUGUAGUAAGUGCGUUAGCAAUUAUAGGUUUUUAGAUAAAAAACAAUGCCUAUACUUGGUUGUCGCUAUCUUCUUUUCCUUAUUUUGUUAAUUCAUACUACCACAUACUACCAUAAAUAAAAUAUAAUACAAGAACACAGUUGAAAUAAAGAUGAUAGAAAAAAAAAACUUCAGAUGUGGCUGUAUGGAAUAUAGCUCUUUGCUUUUAAUACAAUAAUAAGAAAAAUUACAUUGACAUUUGACGUUUUUCAUUUGACAACGACAACAGGGACAGGGCCACAGUCGAGCAAUUUUUGUUGGAUUCAAUUUGUUUUAUUAAACAAUAAAACAAUACAGCCAGCCGUACUGUUAUUCAGGAAACAACUAUUAAGAAAAUAGUAAUUAAUUUCUAUACAUUCCAAUAGCAGAAGUGGUAAGCUGAAAAAUGGCCGAAGAACCCAAGCCUGUUAAUGAAGAAGACUUAAAACAAUUAAAAGAACGGAUGAAUUUGAUUGUGAGCGCUGACCCAGCACAGUACCACAACGAGUUCUCACUUAGGAGAUACCUGCGCGCAUUUAAAACCGUUGACAACGCUUUUCAGGCAAUAAUCAAAACAAACAAAUGGCGAGUAGAAUAUGGAGUGGCAGAGUUGCAUAAUGAUAAGGAAUUGAUAGAGAAGUAUGCAAACAAAGCCCGGGUAUUGAGGCAUAGAGAUAUCACUGGCCGGCCUAUCAUAUACAUUCCUGCCAAGAACCACAGUUCCAGCGAUAGAAACAUAGAUGAACUUACCAAGUUUAUUGUCUACUGUCUGGAGGAGGCAAGUAAGCGCUGUUUCGAAGAAGUAAUAGACAACCUGUGUAUUGUGUUUGACUUGAACAAUUUCACAUUGUCCUGUAUGGACUACCAAGUCCUGAAGAACCUUAUCUGGUUGCUCAGUAGACAUUACCCUGAGAGACUUGGAGUUUGCCUUAUAAUCAAUGCUCCAGCAUUCUUCUCCGGUUGCUGGGCUGUUAUAAAGGGAUGGCUUGAUGAAAACACAGCUGGCAAAGUAACUUUUGUCAACUCAGAGAUGGACUUAUGUCAAUAUCUCAUACCUGACAUCCUGCCUACCGACAUGUGAAUCACACCAACAACUGACCAAUGCAUGAAAAAUGGAACAAGCAUUACUUAGGUAUGUAUGUUACUCAGGUGACGAUACUUCUGUGUAUUUGUAUGUUAAGUAAUAGUGUAUUUAAUUGUAAAGUGAGAACAGAUAAUGAGAAACUUUUUCCAUUAUGUAGGUACUUCAAAUAUGUCACUUAGUUUGAAAUUAACAUGAAUGGUAUAAUUACUCAUUACUUCUAAGUUUCCUUCCUCAGUUGUAUAAUUUAUAGUUCCACUGAUACAAGAAUAUGACUGUCAUUUUGAUGCGGCAGCCGGCAUGGUUUGACUAUUUGAUUUUGUAUUCGACUUUGAAGCUGGCUCUCAGACUUCAAACAUGCAUGUACUCGCGUCAUACAAAGACAGGCUCUAGAACUAUAAUUAUUUAAUUAUUAAUUGUAUCAAAUAAAGCAUAUUGAUUAAGCAUGUUGUGUUUAGAACUAUCAAGUUGUUAAUUAAUAAUAAAUAGUCUAGAAUUUAAUUUCUGCAAACUUAUUAUAAUUGUAUUUAAACUUGCCAUUUUUUAAUUUAACUAAAGCAUAACACCACUAAGUCAAUUAUGUUACAAAAAGACUCGAUUGCAUUCAUUUUGCUUGGCCAUACCACUAAUAUGUUAAUAUAUAAAUUUAGAUGGAUUAUAUUAAGGACUUAUGAUUUUACAAUAAAAAAUGUGCUUUGGAAAAUUUGUAAAACCGAUGUUAAUUCGUAUUUCCAAUGGUGUUCAUUUAGUUUUAGGUGUAAAAACUGAAAUACUCAAAUAGCCAUAUAAAAAUGUAGUGCUGCAGUUUCACAUUGUGUGGACUGUGAAGUAUAUAAACCUAUGCAUUGCCACUAAGUCACUAACUUUUUUUAGAUGUAACUUAUUGGAAUAAUUUAAAUACAGUUUUUGGAUAAGUCACAUACAUUUAAGACAUGGAUUCCAUGUUUUAUACUUUACCAAAUAAAAUUUAUAUUCAUAAGUAACUUAGUGAUUUUGUUUUAUGGUACCUAUCUUGUCUAGUCAUAUUACUACAGUCUUUCUGUGUAUCAAGAAGUUAAACCAAAAGUGUAUUAUCAUACAAAAACUGGCAACCAUCAUUUAUGGGCCUAUCCCAAGUAGAAGAAGCAGGCUCUGCACGCCAACCGGUCUGCGCGCGGCGCGAAUUAUAUCGUGGGUUUCGACCGAUAGAUGCGGCGAGUAGACGUCAUGCGGUUGGUCAAAGCACUCUAUAUAAUAGGCCCGCGCGCGGCGCGUUUGCCGAGCCGCGAGGACUGAACAAUGUAAAUAUUGAAAACAUGACAAUUUGCAGCCACUUUUGUUUGAUAUUGGUGUAUGAUUGCAAUUAUGAUGAAAUGUAUGUGUAAAUUUAUAUAAAUGAUAGGUUACCAUAAGACCAUGUAUAAUAAAUGUAUCACAUGAGACAACAUGUGAUUCCAAAGUCAUAUUUGCAUGAUCACUCAGUAAUGUUCUUGAAAUUGAAAGUUUUUUUUUUUUAUAUUGUCCUCAAAGGUCCCAGACAAUGCAUAGAAAGUAUACAAGUUUUCAUCCUAUUGUCUACUUUAUUCGAUUUUAAAUAACUUUAUAUAACAAUAGGUCAAACAGAUAUUAAAUAGUUUAUUGGAUAUUUAAAUAACACAAAAGCCUUUAAAUAUAACUCAAUUUAAGGAUAUCCUGAUGUAACUAACAGGGUCUCUUCUUAAUUUAUUAUAAGAAACGGUACGUAGUAGAUCAUGACGUGUAUUUCGUGCUUUAAUUUUAAAAAUACUUUUGAAAGUCCUACCGAAUAAACCCAUAAUUCAUUGUAGUAUGCACGAUUUUAAUUAUUUUUAAGUAGACGUGUAAUUAGUUGGCUAGAUCAGUGGACGUACCUGUUAGAAAUACAACGCAUUUCUAUUGCUUUGAGAGUUUAUAGUCUAUUUAUUUACUGUUAAUUUUUGUCGUCUAUGUGCUAUAAAUAUUACAUGUGUUUAUUUAACACGGUCAUAAUAAAUAAUAUGUUGAUAAGCAUCAGUCA